AUGGUAGAAGCUCAUAGCUCCAGAUAUUCAACACAUCCAGGUUCUACUAAACUGUAUCAUGAUUUGAGGGAUAUUUAUUGGUGGAAUAAUAUGAAGAGAGAUAUUGCAGAUUAUGUAUCACGGUACCUUAACUGUCAGCAAGUAAAAGCUGAACACCAGAGGCCAGGUGGCUUAGCUCAAGUCAUUGAAAUACUAGAAUGGAAAUUGGAACAAAUAAAUAUGGAUUUUGUGGUCGUCUUACCGCGAACUUUUAAGAAACACGACUCUGUUUGGCUCAUAGUAGACCGACUCACUAAGUCAGCUCACUUUUUGCCAGUCGAAAGAACCUACAAGGCACCCCAGUAUGCAACAUUAUGUAAAGACGGGCAAGCCGAGAGGACAAUUCAGAUCUUGGAAGAUAUGUUACGAGCAUGUGUUCUUGAUUUUGAAGGUGUCCUCAGUGGCAAGAUUAAGAAUUUUACACUUAAUGAGAAUGGUGUGAUGAGACUUGAUGGCCGCUUGUUCGUUCCUAAUGUAGAUGAUCUUCGAAAGGCAAUUAUGGUAGAAGCUCAUAGCUCCAGAUAUUCAACACAUCCAGGUUAUACUAAAAUGUAUCAUGAUUUGAGGGAUAUUUAUUGGUGGAAUAAUAUGAAGCGAGAUAUUGCAGAUUAUGUAUCACGGUACCUUAACUGUCAGCAAGUAAAAGCUAAACACCAGAGGCCAGCUUUUCACCCUCAAAUGGAGGGGCAGGCCGAGAGGACAAUUCAGAUCCUGGAAGAUAUGUUACGAGCAUGUGUUCUUGAUUUUAAAGGAAACUGGGAUGAUCAUCUACCUUUGAUUGAGUUCGCAUAUAAUAACAGUUAUCAAGCAAGUAUUCAGAUGGGCCCGUUUGAGGCCCUAUAUGGGAGACAAUGUCGUUUUCUUGUAGGGUGGUUUGAGAUUGGUGAAACGAAGCUUAUUGGGCCAAACAUAGUACAAGAUGCCUUGAAAAAGUUUCACAACCCGAGUCAUGUACUUGAUAGACAAGAGAUAGAGAUUGACGAUACUCUGACAUAUGAAGAGGUCCCUGUAGCUAUACUAGACAGGCAGGACCGUAGACCUCGAACCAAAGACGUUGCUUCGGUGAAAGUAAUAUGGAGAAACCACUUAGCCGAGGAAGCUACGUGGGAGCCCAAGGAAGCCAUGAAGAAAAAGUAUCCUUAUUUGUUCGAGAUUUCAGGUACAUAA